AAGGACAGUUAUGCAAAAUACGAGGAGGAAGAGGAGAAGAAAACUGAGAAGGGAGUUGGUGAGUCAGAGAAAAGCUGCACGGCUGGGCUAGCGGUGAGCCUCUCUAAAGCCCCAGUAUUAACAAGGUCUCCCACUUCAGCAAGAUGAUACUGCCCAAAACAAUGCCACUGCUGUUGUUCCUGGUCUCCCAGAUAGCCAUCUGCCUCAUAUUCACCCAUUUUUACAGCAACAACUUCAACUCCCCAUCUAGGAGGGAGGGGCUCAAGACCAUGCACGUCCUGGUCCUGUCUUCCUGGCGCUCUGGCUCUUCUUUAGUGGGGCAGCUUUUUGGGCAGCACCCAGAUGUCUUCUACCUUAUGGAGCCUACCUGGCACAUCUGGGGGACCUUCACACAAAGCACUCCAUGGAGGCUGCAUAUGGCGAUGCGGGAUUUGAUACGUGCCGUCUUUCUGUGUGACAUGAGUGUCUUUGACGCCUACAUGGAACCUGGUCCCCGAAAACAGUCCAGCAUCUUCCAGUGGGAAACCAGCCGGGCCUUGUGUUCCCCACCGGCCUGCGACAUCUUCCCUCGGGAUAUGAUCAUACCCCGUGCUCACUGCAAGCUCCUGUGCAGUAAGCAGCCCUUUGAGGUGGUAGAGAAGGCCUGUCGCACCUACAGCCACGUGGUGGUCAAGGAGGUGCGUUUCUUCAACCUGCAGGUACUCUACCCACUACUGAGGGACCCUUCCCUCAAUCUGCACAUUAUACACCUGGUCCGGGACCCUCGAGCAAUGUUUCGUUCCCGAGAACACACCAGGGAGGAACUCACGAUUGACGACAAAAUUGUGAUGGGACAGGAGUGGCAGAAACUCAAGGAGGAUGACCGCCCCUACUACGCGUUGCAGGUCAUCUGCCAAAGCCAGCUAGAGAUCUAUAAGGCCGUGCAGACUUUGCCCAAAGCCCUCAAGCAGCGCUACCUGCUCAUACGCUAUGAGGACCUGGUCCGAGACCCCCUGGCCCAGACUGCUCGAAUGUAUGGACAUGCAGGGUUGAAAUUCUUGCCCCACCUCCAGACCUGGGUGCGUAACAUCACUCGAGGCAAGGGCACAGGUAGUUAUGCCUUCUCUACAGAUUCCAGGGAUGCCCUCAAAACCUCCCAGGCCUGGCGCUGGUCCUUGCCUUACAGCAAGGUUCCUCAGAUUCAGAAAGUCUGCGGUGACACCAUGAAGUUGUUCGGCUACCACCUCCUCAAAUCAGAGCAAGAGCAGAGGAACCUGUCACUGGAUCUUCUGUCUGCCUGGAACCCCGCUGGGCAAUUCCAUGAAGAGGAUUAGGAGGCUCUGUCUCCACUCGGCACCAGCCUCAGCCACACUAACUGAAGGCUGCUUCUAACCCUUACUCAUCCAUAUUUUGCCAUGUAUAAUGAGCUCCCAUGUAUAAUGCAUACCCAUGUUUUUGUGUGCAUUACACACGGGAUUAUUAGACCCAUUAUUACACCCAUGGUAUGUAAUCAUUAUACCCACCUCUCCUAACAAGAAGGGAUGUUUCUCCCAGUCUUUGCAACAUUCCCCAGAUCUAGUUGUGUAUUACCAUCAGUUAAAAUUUUAUUUUGCCAUGGCUUACCUUAGAU